AUGGAGGCGCGCGGGCCCCUCCGCUGGCCGCCGGGCUGCCCGCCUCCUGCCCGGCCCCGGCCCCGGCCCCGGCCCCUCGGCGCGCGGGGCUCCAGCCCGAAGGCCGCCCGGCGGGCCGCGCGCAGCCCCGAGGCCGCCGCCUCUGGCUCGGGGCCCGCGCUCGGCGCUCACCGCGCGCUCGGGCCGGGCCCGCCUCCCGGCGGUUUUCGCUUUCGUUUUCCUGCCGAUAUAAUUGAGGAAAAUGAAAGCGGCCGUGGUCCGAGCUGGCGCGGCUGCCACCGGGGCGAGGGGCGCGGAGCGCGGCGGCCGGCCGGAGCCCGGAGCCCGGAGCCGGGGCGCAGCCCGCGCCGGGCGAGAUGGCAGCACGCCCUGGACUUCCCUGCACUGCAGGCAGACCUGGGGCUGGACAGCAGAGAACCGAGAAAAUGGACUCCCUUCUCCUGGAGACAUGAAUGCCAACCACCAGCCAUGGAUGCCAGUUUGCAGCCUAUUGGAGGAAAACAGCAUCAAGAUACCCACAUGGCACAGCACCAGGAGGAGGCCAGAUGCUUGCUCAUCACCACCGGAGAAUACAAAUGCCAUGUGCAAUGUUUCUGCAGUGAAGACGAAUGGACCACAGCGACUUGCAGUACUGUAAUAUGGUGUAGAAAUACUGCCAUAAUGAGGACUCUCAUCAACAUAUGGAACACCAAAGAAGAUUCCUAGUAUUUCCU